AUGUUCUUCACUGUAUCUAUAACACCAAUCAUCUGGUUCAACCUUCUGCUUUGCAUCGCUUCUAAUAAAAAUGAAACUUUCCAUCUACCUAAUUUCGGUGCUGCUGAUAAAAUUGUUACAAAUAAUACUUAUUCUGGUAUCUCAGACAGCUUUGAUUACAACAAUUUUGAGCCAUUGUUUGGCUCAGAAUUUCCAUCCGAUCCUUCGCAGUUGAUUGAUUUCGAUCAGUUGAGUGAAAUUGAAGAUAUAAGCAGCAAAGAAUCGAUACCCGAGAUCACAAAUGCUCCUCAUCCUGGCUUUUCAAACAGCCAUGGUUUGUUGGGCCACACUAAUUUGGACUCAUUACUUGGCUCAUAUACAGAUUCAAAUAGGAAUGUGUGGAGAGAUGCUAAUGGAGAAUUAAAAACAAAUGAUGAUGAAGCACGAUAUCCUAUCAUUAGAGAUAUUCAAAGUGGAACUUCUUCGCCACUUAAUGUCGACACCGAUGACAUUAUUACAUAUAUGCACUUACCUGGUUCACAACAAAAUGCGGUUCCGAUCUAUUUUCACCAACUUACUCUUCCCCAGAUGACACAUCCGAUCAACACGGAAAUGCUGAGCAGAACAACAUGGGCAAUAAGCACUUCUCGGAUAAGUUGA